UGUCCCGGGGAGGGCGUUAUGAUUGGUCAAUGCUGCUGUCACUCAGCGCGGGGAGGCGGGCGCAGGUGGCCGAUGGACGAGCGGAAGGUGUCCGUGUCUGAGCUGCUCAACUCCAGCAUUUACCUGUUCGGUUUCUCCUCGGGCUCCUUUGCUCCAAGGAAAACAAAUUCAGUCUAACCAGUCUCUCUACUGAACCGAGAAUUUUACUCUGAAGAAACGUCUUGGAUGUGUGCUGGAGGAAGGGCGAAAGGAAUACAAAUUCCAGGUGCAUGAUGAUCGGAUGGCACACCAACUCAUUCUCAGGACGGUAUGUGUGGGUGCAGAAACAAAGGAUGAGCUGCACGUCAUUGAGCUAGAGGCUAUGAACCCGAAUGGGAAAAUGAUCAAAGUGCCUUUGACGUCUCUGAAACCAUCCAUUCUAACUACAACCGUCCUGGGAGGGUUUGAGGUGUCCCCUCCAGUCUGUUUACGUCUGAAGACUGGUUCAGGUCCCAUCUACAUCAGUGGAGAGCACAUUGUUGGUGUAUCUGACUCUGACUCCGAAUCUGAAUCUGAAUCUGAAGAGAAUCACCAGCUGAAAUCUCCUGUGAAGAAGGAACUUAAACUUGCAAUGUCCCCCAGUGCACAGCACCCUGUUAAGAAAAAGCUAAAGCUAGAAAAGUCAGUAAAAGAUAAGGUGAUGAAUGAUAAAGUUGAAAAUGAAGAUGACGAUGAAGAUGACGAUGCUGAUGAUGAAGAUGAAGAUGAUGAAGAUGAGGAGGAAGAUGAAGAGGAGGAGGAGGAUGAUGAAGAUGAUGAUGAUGAUGAUGACGAUGAUGAGGAGGAGGAUGACGAGGAGGAGGAGGAAGAGAUUGUGAAGACUCCUAUGAAAACACCCAUUAAAACUCCUGAUACAAACCGAAAGCAGGAAGACAAAUCAAAAGAAAUGAAAACCGCCAAGGUUUCACCCACUGUCGAUGAAAUAAAAACCAAACUGAAGACCAUGGUCGAGAAGGGACAGCACCUACCGAAGACGAAACAGAAGUUUCAAAACUUUAUACAAAGCUCAUUACGAUUUGGAGACCAAAAAGCCAUUGGAGAACUCUGGGCCUGGGGGCAGAAGUUGAAGCAGAUCAAGUGAGGGAUCUUGGAAAGUAGCCAAUGAGCUUUUUGAAUGAUUCUCUUAUCAUUUCAGAAUAGUCAAUGGACUUCCUUUGUUUUCCCAAGGGAUGUUUAUUUUCUUGUCAGGCCCUUCUGCUCGGCAUAGUUUGUAUCAAGUUGACAGCCUCUAAGCUAUUUUCUUUUCUCAUUUCCAUGAAACUGGCUGACUGCAUUGGUAAAUGUUUGGUAGCUGACAAACCUCUCAGUUCUUCUAAUAAAAAAGGAUAAUGGUUGCCUGACCAAGUCCAUUUGUAAUGAAUUGAAACCCAAAGACACUGAAAAUAUACAGCAGGUGUGUGAAGCAUGUGUGAAAAGACAGAUCAACAUUUCAGAACUUUUUGGUAAACUGAAAAAGUAUCUUGAACCCAAAAUUCACCCCCACCCAUUCCUCCACUCGCUUCUUUUGUAUCAAUUCUGAUAUACCUGCUGUGUAUUUUCAGCAUUGUCAUUACAGAUGUCUUAAUAUUUUCUAAUCUCAUUGGUUAUGUAGCUCAGCAGCCAAUAAACUCCAUAGAACUAAAA